AUGGAGAAAGAGCACGCAUCACUAAUUAAGUGGAGCAGUUGUAAAGAACAUCUCAAUCUCCCUAGGGUUAAGGCAUCGCAGGUUAAAUGCCUUCAUGUGUAUGAUUUUGACAAUACACUUUUUAAAUCACCGGCGCCUAAUCAGAAUCUUCUAGCAAGUGAUUUAAUUAAAGAGCUUUCUAACUGUCAGCGAUUUAGUAAUGGUGGUUGGUGGUCAGAACCGCGGAUUUUGAGUGCGGCAAUAGAAGAAUGGUUAACACGGAAGCAGGCAGGUGAAGACGUUGAUAAUGAAUUUUGGAAUCUAGAUAUAGUUGAGUUAACCAGACUAUCAAUACAGGAUCCUGAAACUGUUUCAAUUUUGCUCACUGGUCGACGUGAAGUUUUUUUUGCGGAUGUUAUUGGGAAGUUAUUGGAGCACGAUGUAAUGGCGGGUGAAUUACAGUUCAAUGCAGUGUUUUUAAAAAAGGAAGAGUUCAGAACUACUCUUAGCUACAAAACCACAUGCUUAACGAAUCUACUAAACUCAUAUCCGAAUUUAAAGGAAAUAUCAAUAUAUGAUGAUAGGCCUAAACAAGUGAAGGGGUUUCAAAUAUUUUUAAACGAGUACGUGGCUGCUAUUAACAAUGAUUUGGUUUACAAUCUGGUACACGUUCCAGGAGAGAUGCGCUUUCUAGAGCCUAAGAGAGAGAUUUCCAUCAUUGCAGAUAUAAUAGAGGAGCACAAUAGGGAUGUAGAUCUACUCCGACGUGGUAGUUACAGGAGUCGAGUUUCAGCUCGUCCCUAUUUUCAGAUGGAGAAGGCAUCGGUACGUGAAGUGAUAUCAUAUGUUGGGUAUACUAUUUCCAUACCAAGCAGGAAGAAUAUUAUGGAGUUUGUUACCCAGAAUCUUACUCACGUGUUUGGCUCAAACGAUGAGGAACGGGACCAAUAUACGUUCUGUCCAGCCUUUAUUCCCGCUGCUAAAAUACAUACAUUACCUUCCAAGGUUGUCUUAGGUCAAUUUGUUUGUGGGAAACGCCCGUCAAAUGAUAUCAAUGAAAAAACAUUAGUGCGCUAUGCAGAGGAAUUUAAUGAAUUGAAACGAAGGGUUUUCGUUCAGUUCCGACUUAAGCGGCUUGGCAAAUACCAAAAUAGGGUUUUUUAUGUUGACGUGGAACCUAUUCCAUUGGACAGGGUCGUAAAGACAGAUGCGGUGAAAUCUCUUAUGUUUUACUUGGGUCAAAGAAUUGAUUCUCACAUUCCCAUGACACGGGCCCUUUAUGCAAUAAGCCCUGAAUCCACUGAGUGGGAGGAUAUUGAACAAGACGUUGUCAUCGAUACAGAACUACAAUACAAUUUCAAGUAUCACCUCUCAAGUUUUAAGAAGCCACAAAAGAGAAAGUAUAAGAGUAGGAUAAUCUAA